AUGUCUAGUGCUGAAGUCGCCGAUAAUUCCGUUGACCCCCCGGCAAAAAAGCGGAAGCUAAACACAGGAGGAGCGAGUUGCAAAUCGUCAGCAAUGGCGAACAAUGGAACGCGUGUGGAAGAUGAGAUCGACGAGAGUUUGUAUUCGAGACAAUUGUACGUCCUCGGUCACGAUGCUAUGCGGCGUAUGGCCCAUUCCGACGUCCUAAUCUCUGGCUUAGGAGGUUUGGGUGUCGAGGUUGCGAAAAAUGUCAUUCUCGGCGGUGUCAAAUCUGUUACUCUUCACGACGAACGUUCGUGCACUAUCUCCGAUUUAUCGUCGCAGUUUUAUUUAUCUGAGGCUUCUAUCGGCAAGAAUAGGGCGGUCGCAUCGUGUGAACAGCUAGCAGAGCUAAAUCACUAUGUGCCGACCACAGCUUAUACCGGUCCGUUGACGGAGGAGUUUCUGAAGAAGUUCCGUGUCGUCGUACUGACGGGGGCGUCGAGGACUGAACAGGAUCGCGUAGCUGCCCUUACCCAUGCCAAUAACAUAGCCCUGAUCAUCGCUGACACAAGGGGACUGUUCUCACAAGUGUUCUGCGACUUUGGCCCAGAGUUCACUGUUUAUGAUGUCACUGGUGAAAAUCCUGUGUCGGCUAUGGUCGCUGACAUCACCCAUGAGUAUGAAGCUGUUGUCACAUGCUUGGAUGACACUCGUCAUGGUCUGGAGGAUGGAGAUUAUGUGACCUUCAGUGAGGUACAAGGAAUGACAGAAUUAAAUGGCUGUGAACCACGCAAGAUCAAAGUCAUGGGUCCCUACACAUUCACCAUCGGAGACACAACAAACUUUUCAAAGUAUGCUCGUGGAGGCAUAGUCACCCAAGUCAAAAUGCCCAAAAAGCUCCACUUCAAACAACUUAGUGAAUCUCUAAAGGAGCCGGAAUACUUGAUCACAGACUUUGCCAAGAUGGACUAUCCCCAACAACUUCAUGUGGCCUUUGCUGCUCUGCAUAAAUUUGAGCAGGCCGAAGGCUACACUCCUAAGCCCUGGUGCGAUGCUGAUGCUGCCAAGUUUAUUGAAUAUGUUAAAACAAUUUUGAAAGAUGGAGAGAUAUUUAAGGAGGGGGAAUUGGAAAUAAAUACAGAUUUAAUGGAAAUAUUUGCUAAGGUGUCUUCUGGAGACCUUAACCCAAUGAAUGCUGCAAUUGGUGGUGUAGUAGCCCAGGAAGUAAUGAAGGCAUGUUCAGGAAAGUUCCAUCCCAUAAUCCAGUGGCUUUAUCUAGAUGCCAUUGAAUGUCUGCCAAAGGACAAGUCAGCUCUCACGGAAGAAAAUUGUAAACCCGUUGGCUCCAGAUAUGAUGGUCAAAUUGCUGUGUUCGGAAACAAUUUCCAGAAAAGAAUUGGUGAAUUGAAGUACUUUAUUGUUGGCGCGGGCGCUAUAGGCUGUGAAUUGUUGAAGAACUUUGCUAUGAUAGGAGUUGGAGCUGCCGGUGGACAGGUGACUCUCACAGACAUGGAUCUUAUUGAGAAGUCAAACCUAAACCGACAGUUCCUCUUCCGACCUCACGAUGUGCAAAAACCCAAGUCCAGUACUGCUGCUAAGGCUGUGAAGAAAAUGAAUCCGGCAAUGAACGUACUCGCACAAGAGAACCGCGUCUGUCCGGAGACCGAAUGUGUCUACGACGACGUGUUCUUCGAGGCUCUGGAUGGAGUGGCUAACGCCUUGGACAACGUGGACGCCAGGAUCUACAUGGACAGACGUUGCGUUUACUACAAGAAACCGCUGCUGGAAAGUGGUACCCUUGGCACUAAAGGAAACACGCAGGUGGUAGUCCCCGCCUUAACGGAGUCGUACAGUUCCUCCCAAGACCCGCCGGAAAAGAGCAUUCCCAUCUGCACUUUGAAAAACUUCCCCAACGCAAUCGAGCACACACUGCAGUGGGCCAGGGAUGAGUUUGAGGGGCUAUUCCGUCAGGCGGCUGAACAUGCCGCCCAGUAUCUGCAGGAUCCCCACUUCCUGGAGAGGAGCAUGAAGCUACCUGGUACUCAGCCAUUGGAUGCACUUGAGAGUGUUCGGAAUGCGAUAAACGACCGUCCUCUUAGCUUUGACGACUGUAUUACCUGGGCUCGUUUACAUUGGGAGAUACAAUACUCAAACCAGAUCAAGCAGCUGCUAUUCAACUUCCCCCCGAACCAAGUCACCACUAGUGGAGCUCCGUUCUGGUCUGGCCCAAAGAGAUGUCCAGCUCCGUUGACCUUCAAUCCAAAUGACGAGUUGCAUUUAGACUACGUCGUAGCUGCUGCUAAUUUGAGGGCUCAAGUUUAUGGAUUACCACCCUGUGUCGAUAGAGAACGUAUUGCCAAGGUGGCGACUAGUGUACAGGUUCCCGAGUUCAAACCACGCUCCGGCGUCAAGAUUGCCGUGACAGAUGCUCAACUUCAACAGAACAAUGACGAUAUGGACCAAGACAGAGUACAGACAAUCAUAUCUGAUCUCCCCCCUCCAUCCAAACUCGGCAACCUAAAGAUCACCCCCCUCGAUUUCGAAAAGGACGACGACACAAACUUCCACAUGGACUUUAUUGUCGCUGCUUCUAACCUAAGAGCUGCUAACUAUAGUAUACCACCGGCAGACAGGCAUAGAUCCAAGCUGAUUGCUGGAAAAAUUAUCCCAGCUAUUGCCACCACCACCUCUGUGGUUGCUGGGCUCGUCUGCUUGGAGCUAUACAAACUGGCCCAAGGCUUCAAUACUUUAGAUGUGUUUAAAAAUGGAUUUGUGAACUUAGCUCUACCUUUCUUUGGCUUCUCGGAGCCGAUAGCGGCACCGGUUAACAAAUACUACGACAAAGAGUGGACUCUGUGGGAUAGAUUUGAAGUGAAAGGCGAGGUGACCCUUCAACAGUUCAUCGAUUACUUCAAGAACGAGCAUAGCUUGGAAAUCACGAUGCUGUCUCAGGGCGUCUGCAUGCUCUACUCUUUCUUCAUGCCCAAGGCCAAGCGACAAGAGAGGUUGAACCUGCCGAUGUCGGAGGUGGUGACGAAGGUCUCCAAGAAGAAACUGGAGCCCCACGUGAAGGCGUUAGUGUUCGAACUGUGCUGCAAUAACGAGGAAGGCGACGACAUAGAAGUGCCCUACGUCAAGUACACUCUGCCCUAG